AUCCGAUAAUCAUAUUUUCUUUUUGUUUCUGACGAUGCUAAUAAAUUGUUUCAUUUUCAGGCCCAUACAGAAGCAAUGCUGCUCUCAGACAUACUCCCUCCGUCCCAGAUUCCAAAAGUCAAAAGUGAACAAAAAUUGGGGCACGGAGGGAGUAGAUAUAAAGUACAGUUGAUUUUGUCCCAAAUUUUUACAACUCACAAACAGAGCAAUCUCUACUCGCUGCUAGAAUCCGGAAUCUACUUCUGAAUGCUGCUCUGUAAUUAUGGUAAUUGGUCUGAUCUAGAAAAUAGUUGGCCUGGCCACAAAUAUCCCUCCACACAAUCUUGGAGAGCUUGUUGAUGCAAUGUCUUCCUAUAUUCAUAACCUAGAAGUAACGGACCAUACACACUUCCCCAACUCCCUCCCUAAAUUCGGCCUAACCACAUUUAAUCUCUACUCCCACUUCAUCCCUUUUCCUAUCAACCAUGUCAAACCGAUCCCGAAGCAUGUCCCAUGAAGAACUUGUGGCCUCAAACGCUGCUUUACAAGCUCAAGUGGAGUACCUAGCCAAAGAAGUGGCUAAGCUCACAAAGCAAAAGAUGUCCAUGCUACGAGAUAGUGAAGAUGAAGAGGAAUCCAGCUCUAGUGCCACCAUGAGAGCUAGGGCUCACGAAAAGUCAUAUUCUGACUUCAAAGUUGAUAUUCCAAUCUUUGAAGGAAAGAAUGACCCGGAUGAAUUUCUUGAGUGGUUAGAGACGGUGGAACGAGUCUUUGAUUUCAAAGAAGUCUCCGGUGACAAGAAGGUCAAGAUUGUGGCCUUAAAAUUCCGCAAGUACGCCUCCACUUGGUGGACGAACACCUGCACCAAACGGAUUCAAAGUGAGAAGCCUCCCAUUGACUCAUGGCAAAAGAUGAGGAGUCUCUUGAAGAAGAAGUUCCUACCCACUGAAUAUUCCCGAGAGAACUUUGCUAAGCUUCAAACGCUUAGGCAAGGUACGAAGUCCGUGGAAGACUACACCCGGGAGUUUGAGGAACUCCUACUCAG